AUGAAGGACUACUUGACACUAGGCUCCCCUGCAUUCGAGCUCCGAACAUUACUUUGUUUCCUCAAUCCUCUUUUCCUAUCCUUACGUCCUGAAUCACCAAUUCCUCCAACAGCGGGUAGUACCGACAUUUUCAUGAAGAUCAUCGUCAUUGGAGCAGGUCCUGCUGGAUGUGCCUUAGCACACGGCCUGAGGAAAGCCGGAAUCUCUUGCCGGAUCUUCGACAAAGGCGAAGAUGUGUACCGACACCGUCAUUGGGCUUUUACAUUGGGCUGGGCACGGCCCUACCUGCUAGACCUUCUUCCAGACGAUGUUGGUUCUCAGUUAGAUAGAUGUGCUGUCGACCCAAGUAUCGACUGUGCCGCCAUUGGUCAAGACAGGAUUGUUCUUUACAACGGACAGACUCGUGAAGAAGCAUUUGCGUUUCCCAUUCCAAGAGCGAAAGAGAUGAACAUCAGGAAGCUGCGCAUACUGCUCGCUGAGAGUCUUGAUGUGCAGUAUGGGAAGAGGUUCAGCCACUAUGAAACGACUCAUAAUGAUGGUGUCAAGGUAUUUUUCGAGGAUGGGUCAAGUGAAUCAGGCACUAUCAUCAUAGGCAUUGAUGGUGCAGGUUCAAAAGUCCGCCAGUGUCUCAUCGACCGAGGAGCAACACAAGAAACAUUGCCAUUCGCGCUCAUGAACUUCAACGCGUCUUACACGAAGGAGCAGGCGCUCUUCAUCAAAGAACAUCUCCACCCGCUCGUCGACAUCGCAAUUCACCCAGCGGGCCACUACAUUCGUGCCAACGUGCUGGAUAUGCCGGAUAUCGACGACCCGACCACGUGGACAUUCCAGAUCUUGUCCACAUGGCCGCUGAAGAACGUUGAAGAUUACGACAAUGAAACGGAUCGAUUGAAGAGGUUGAAAGCGCAUGUUGCAAGAGAUGGGUGGGCAGAGCCGUACAAGAGUGCCAUCGAAUGGAUACCCGAAGAUACGCCUGUGCUCAAAGAUCAGCUGAAGAUUUGGAAGACUCAGCCGUGGGACAAUCAAGGCGGGCGAAUUACACUCUGUGGUGAUGCAGCGCAUGCGAUGACAUUCCAUCGCGGUCAAGGAGCAAACAAUGCCUUCUUCUCCGCCCACAGUCUAGUCGAAGCCCUAAAAUCCGUCCACCUCGGGACCACCACCCUGAAAGACGCGAUAUAUGCCUACGACGAAAGCAUUUGGAAACGCGGCGCAAACGAAGUCCAAAUCUCAAAAUCUCAGAGUUUCUUCACGCACGACUGGGCCAACUUCAUCAACAGCCCUGUUAUGACACUUGGCACAAAACCUAGCCAUGCAGCAAAGAGUGAAGGAUACCAAUAG